AUGAGUGGUUCCUCCCCAUCCUCCAGUACUUGCCAAAGUGAUAAGACAUGUGGCGCACAAACUACAUUGCCACAUCCGGCUUUCGGGACGUGUCUUCAGCAGUUGGAAGAGGUGUUUCACUGGGAGUUGGACCGUUUCAGAGGUUUUGCAGCGCGGAGCCAGCCGUGUGUUCUGCGUGGUGUUGCUGCUGACUGGCCCAUGGUAGUCCAGGGGCGGUUCCAGGACAAUGUGCAACUGCUUCGACGAUGUCUGGGGAACAGAAGGUGCCUAGUCAGUUUUGAUCCGACCGCAUCCUUUUUCAACUACGAGAUUCCCAGAAGCUUCCAGACGAAGCCCCGCUCCGUCCGCGAGCCUUCGGGAGCUGAUGCGCCCAGAUUAAUCAACCCGGGGCGAUUGGAGAUGAUGUUCGGGGACUUCCUGACCGCUGCGGAGCUGAAGCAUGGAGUGGUCGCGCCAACCGAGACGGCGGCUCGCGCUGUGAGCAUGCCUUACGAUGCUGACGAUGCGGGUACGGGCCGUAACUUGAAGGCUUCGCAGGACGUACUCUACGUGCCAUUGAGAGAGCUGCAGCAACUGUCGCUGUACUGCGUGGAUGAUGCAGCUGACUGGCCGGACGAUUUGUUGCAGGAGUUCGUUCCCGGCGAUCUGACAACUAAGCUCGACAUGCCUGAAUGGCAGCCGUUUCUGCGAGAGCGUCGUUUGUGGAUGUGCGCAGGAGGCCCAGAGGGCACUCGGCACCUCACAGCGGGCUUCCACUGGGAUCACUUGCAGAACCUCCAUGCCGUCAUCAGCGGCAAGAAGGAGGUAUUUCUCGUAGCUCCUCUGCAAGCUCCAGCCUU